AUGUGGUCGAAGCGAGAGACGCUCGGCGAGAAGGAUUCAGAAACGAAAGACCGUCUGAAGCGUCAUGGCAAAUAUGAUCUCACGGCGGCGACAGCCUACGGCUCGAUCAUCUUCGAGAUUCAAGUCCUGGAGGACUGGAUCGCAACGCCGCCGACGCUGGCUGAGAACGAGCUGAGCGGCGGGUCGAGCGGCAUCUCGGGGAGAAUCCGACAAGAUUGCCACAGGCGAAAGGGGCAGUGCACACGGUAG